CCCGGCCAGUGAGGACUUCUUCUCCCCACCCUCCCCUCCUCGCUCCGCCGCAUCCAAAAGUGCGCCAUGGUGACUUUACGCGCAGGAAUGAUCGUCUUUGGCGUCUUGUGAUUGAAAAGUUGCAGCACGAGCGCCUCAUCGCAGAGAGUGCAGGUGAUGUUCAGGACUUUUCACCUCAUAGGCAAGUGAGAAGAGGGCGUGUCGGAGUUGUUCAAGUCCCUUAAUUGUAAUGAUGUCUUCCAUGCGCGCAUCGCCUCCCUUUCACGCGCCGCCCGAGGAAGAGGAGGCGCACGGCCCCGCCGACAACAACAACAGCGCGGCCUGGCUCGACGACCACGACCCAAAGGAGACACCGUCGCCCUCCCCGCCCGAGCGGCCCCACCCCGACCCGCCGCAGCCAAUCAGGGAGAAGCGAGCGGACGCCGACUCGUGGGACAACGAUAGGUCGGCUGCGAUGGACACAGAGAGCACAAAUAAAGGCUCCUCCGUCGUUUACUCGUACCGGUCCAGCUCCACCUCGCCGCCCAAGCCCGAGGAGUGCUCCCGGGAUCGUGGCGAGCUGACGGCAAUGGGGGCGGGUGCAGGCUUGGUCCUGGGCACGCCGGAGCGCCGCAAAGGGAGCCUGGCGGACGUGGUCGACACACUGAAGCAGAAGAAGCUGGUGGAAAUGACCAAGACGGAACAAGACGAGCCGCUGUGCAUGGAGAGUCUUCUCUCCAAGGACUGGAAGGAGCGCGUGGACCGCCUCAACGCCACCGAGCUGCUGGGCGACGUCAAAGGGACGGCCGAGUCUCUGGAGAAGAAAGAGCGUCAACUGUCGGCCAUGAUCGGCCAGCUGAUCAGCCUGAGAGAGCAGCUUCUCUGCGCCCACGACGAGCAGAAGAAAAUGGCCUCCUCACAGCUGGAAAAGCAGCGGCAGCAGAUGGAGCUCGCCCGGCAGCAGCAGGAACAGAUCGCCAGACAACAGCAGCAGCUCUUGCAGCAACAACACAAGAUAAACAUUCUCCAGCAGCAGAUUCAGGUCCAAGGUCACAUGCCUCCCCUCAUGAUCCCCGUGUUCCCUCACGACCAGCGAUCUUUGGCGGCCGCGGCGGCCGCCGCACAGCAGGGCUUUCUCUUCCAGCCGGGCAUGUCCUACAAGCCAGGUGACAACUACCCCAUGCAGUUCAUUCCUUCGACAAUGACGGCGGCCGCGGCGGCCGGGCUCAGUCCGCUCCAGCUGCAGCAGCUGUACGCCGCUCAGCUGGCAAGUAUGCAGAUCUCACCGGGGGCCAAGAUGGCGCCCGUCCCGCCGGGGGGGCCUAACGCAUCCGGCCCGCUGUCGCCCACCGCCCUCAAGAGCGACAAGCGAGCGUCCAGUCCCCUCGUGCAAGUCAAGCUGGAGGAAGGCCCCACGCAGCCGCUCAACCUCUCGGCCCGGCCCAAGAUCUCGCCGACCUCGCCGACCGCGCAGACGCUGUUUUCCAGCACCAAGGGCAGCCCCGCCAGCGCCCCCAAGGCUCGCGUCCCCAGCCCGGUUUCCAACAUGGCCCGCAACGCCUCCCUGGACAUCCUCUCCAGCCUGAACUCCACGGCUCUUUUCGGGGACCAGGACGCCGUGAUGAAGGCCAUCCAGGAGGCUCGCAGCAUGAGGGAGCAGAUCCAGAGGGAGCAGCUCCACCACCAGCAGGGACCUCCUCCACCUCCUCCUCCGCCACCGCCGCCACCUCCUCAUCAUCUUCAUCACCACCACCAUCAUCACCAUCACGCCACACCUCCCGGACACCAAAGUCUGGAGGCCAAACUGUCAGCGUUGAGCAGCAUGAGCCUCAACAACGGCAACAAGGAGCGUCUGCACUACGAAACGCUGAGCCACCACCUGGGCAAGCUCGGGGAGGAUGCUGGGAAGAUGGUCCAUCGAGUCAUCGACCUGACCAGGCCGGAGGAUCUGGACGGAAGCAACAUCGCUGAGGCUCGCGUCUUCCGGGAGGCGCGCGGCAGGAGCAACACCGAGCCGCACAUCAAGAGGCCCAUGAACGCCUUCAUGGUUUGGGCCAAGGACGAGCGCAGGAAGAUCUUACAGACCUUCCCGGACAUGCACAACUCCAACAUCAGCAAAAUUCUAGGUUCCCGCUGGAAGGCGAUGACCAACCAGGAGAAGCAGCCGUACUACGAGGAGCAGGCCCGCCUCAGCAAGAUCCACCUUGAGAAGUACCCCAACUACAAGUACAAGCCGCGACCCAAGCGGACCUGCAUCAUCGACGGCAAGAAGCUACGCAUCGGCGAGUACAAGCAGAUGAUGCGAUCGCGCCGUCAGGAGAUGAGGCAGUUCUUUGUUGGGCCUCAGGCUCCGCACCCCCUGGGCAACAACGCCGGCGGCAUGGACGUCUACCCGGGCGCCAUCACCAUGGCGGCGGCCACCACCCCCUCGCCCCACCUGACCUCGGACUGCUCCAGCAACUCGGCCAGCCCCGAGCCGGCCGCGCCCGUCCUCCAGAGCGCGUUCGACACGGUCAAGGCCGAGCCGGCCGACGGCGACGACGACACGGACAUGUACGACGACUACGAGGACGAGCCCAAAUCGGACUACAGCAGCGAGCAGGAGACGAGGCAGGACAUCAGCGCCAACUGAUACGUUCGACGGACUUUUUUGGAGGACAACCUUGACGACGAGGCGCCGGAACCUGCGACAACUCCGCCAUCACGUGACCCCGUUGCUUCGUUUUGUUGUUGUUUUUUUUGGCAAACGGCAUGCAUGGACUCUUCAGCAGCUAUUUUGGUCUUAAAUGUUCUAAAAGGAGUGAGCUCGUUUCAUUUUUUUUUUAUUUCAUUUUUUUUUUGAAUGAUCUAGCUGUUUUUAUCACUUUUUUGGGGUUUUAUUUUGAUUGGAUUUUCGCCAGACGGGCCGCCGUUGGCUGCGUGUGCAAAAAAAAAGUCUGGACUGGCACAACUUGAGAUUUGAGAAGUUUUAAUAUUUAAAAAAAAACACAAAAAAGAAAGAAAAAAAAAUCCUAGCUCUUGUAAUCUUACAGUCUUACAUUCAUGUCUCAAACAAACGCAGCACAUCAAAUUUAUUCUUAUUAUUAUACAUACAUGAUAUACAUAUAUAUAUAUGUAUGUAUGUAUAUGUAUAUAUCCCAGCUCAGGUAUGACGUGCCAGCUUGUGAAUGUGUUUUGUUUUUGUACGACGAGAGAUGUCAAGUGUUCAAACUGUCAAUCGAACGCGGGAAGCAAUUCCCGCAGGACACACUAUGACUUCGUAUUGUUCUCGCUACCGAUUUGAAACACGAGAUGUGCCAAACCUACGUUCACAUUCACUCGGUAUUGUGUAGUCUUAACUUCCACAAAUGCUGCAAAAAAAAAAAGAAAAAGAAAAGGAAAAAAAGUCUUAGAAGUCGAAGCUCGGUGAACCACGUUGCCCGGAAUUCCUUGAGGCCAAACGCCAUCUUGUUGGCUCUUACAACACUUCACUUCACUUCAUUCAGCACGAUGGCGCUACUGUAGGACGAGAGAGUUCCUCGUCACUGUAUUUCUAAUUGUUUUCCAUUGGUACGAAACGUGUACUCAUUUGCCUGGUGGAUGUCUCGGAACGUCUCAGCCGAGAGUUGCAGAGUUACUUACACCAAAUGUGUGUUCUGAAAAAAAAAAAAGAAAAAAAAUCUUAGAAGUACCAGUCUUUUUUUUUCUUUUUUUGAUGGUACUUUUUUCUACAUGUCAUGUAUAGUUGGAAAUAAUUUAUUAAGGAAAACAAUUGAGGGAAAAAUAGUGCUGUUUUUUUUUUUUUUAAAGACGAUGUCCAUGGUCUGCACCGCUAUUUAAAACUAUAUAAAUAUUUUUUAUUAACUGCUUUACUGUUUAAAAACAAAUUCAGCCCUUAGUCUUAACUGCAAGGCCAUUUGAGUCAAUCAGAUGGUCAUAGGAAGUCAUUUUCAAUUAAAAUAAAAAAAAAUUAGCCAUAUCUCAAUUCACUAGAUUUGAAGACCUGUUCUCAAGCUACAGCACAGGUGUCAAACUAAAGCCCCGGGGGCCAGAUGCAGCCCGCCCCAUGAUUUUAUGUGGCCCACAAAGGCAAAUCAAUUAACUUGCAUAAUUUUUGUUCAAAUAUGUACCAAAAUUUCCAAUUGUCAUAUCAUAAAUGAUGACGGCAGCACGGUGGAUCAGCUAGUAAAGCGUUGGCCUUACAGUUCUGAGGACCCGGGUUAAAUCCCGGGCCCGCCUGUCUGGAGUUUACAUGUUCUCCCCGUGCCUGCGUGGUUUUCCUCCGGGCACUCCGGUUUCCUCCCACAUCCCAAAAACAUGCAACAUUAAUUGUUCACUCUAAAUUGCCCCUAGGUGUGAUUGUGAGUGCGGAUGUUUGUCUCAAUGUGCCCUGAAAUUGGCUAGCGACCAGUCCAGGGUGUACCCCGACUCCUUCCCAUUGAUAGCUGGGAUAAGCUCCAGCACUCCCCGCGACCCUCGUGAGGAUAAGGAUAGAUGAAUCAAUGAUGACAUUGAGAUGUUGCAAGCAUUUUUGUGUUACCAAACAUCAAGAAUAGUUGGAAAAACCCAGGAAAAAAUCAAUAACUGUUAUUAGAAAUCAGAAAACAAGAGAAUAAAUUGAGGAAAAGGUGAAAUAAUGACUUGAUAGUGAAGUCGACUCAUUUUGACCAUAGAACUUAAGCAGAAGAGGGAUUUUUGUUCUCUUUUGGGAAAUGGUAAAAUAGUUUUCAGGAUACAAAAGGCCAAGUAUGCAUCGUAAAUAUAAAUAUUUAUAUUUAUCUCCACACAUGCAGUGUUUGACAUGGAUAUGGUCCGAAAAAACCGCCCCGACUUCAGCACUCUUGUAAUUUUCCCUCUUCCGGUGUCACGCUGGUUUUAUUUGAUUUGAUUUUUCUCUGGCAUUUUGAACGUCUUUCCACUUUCUACACUCAUUACCUCUUUUUUUUUUUGUUGAGAUUUUUUUUUUUUAAUGAUAAUAAUUAUUAUUUAGACGAGCUUCACAAGCUGAGCCCGAGCAUCACUCGCAUGGCAGGCCGACUCCUGCUCGCCUCACACAUCCUAAGCACUGGACAGAGCUUUUUACAUUUUAGUUUCUUUUUAUGUUUUAUAAUUAAUGACUGAGGUGAUGUUGUUUUUGGUCCCAUGUUGUAGUCGCUUUGGCCAGCAAUUUUUUUUGUUUUUGUUUGUUUGUUUUCCUCUGAUGUGGCCUCUGUUCAACCUCAUGACAUACACAAAUGUUUUUUUUUUUUUUUUGGGUGAUUGCUAUUUUUGUUUCAAAUUGUACGUUUUAACAUUUCAUCGUAUUUAUUAGCCAAGUGUGGCUCUAAAAAGUUGUCAGUACACGGCAUAUUGGUGAGAAAGACAAUCAAAGAAAAAUAGGAAAUAAAUGAGAAAUAAAAACU